AUUGGCGCGGGACGGGAGGGGCGAUGCCGUGACGUCACGCGGGAGAGCCGAUGGACGGGAGGAAGAGAGAUGCGAGAACAGGGCAAGACCGGAGGAGCACGAUAAAAACUGAGAAAUGACCGCGCCAGAAAGCACGCAAAAACACGAAACGUUAAACAGCGGCGUCAACAUGAUGCGUCCUUCCGUCUGCUGUUUGCAAGCCAGUAAUGCAUGAAGAGCAUCCCGGAUAAAGUGUGAGCAGAAUGUCAUCUCCUGGAAUGGGCACCCCGAGCGACCCCCUCCUGUCCAGUCCUGUAGGGGGGAAGUUCGGGACUGCCCAGGAAGGCACCUGGAGACCCACUCUAUCCAAAACGUCCAGUUUCCCAUCGUCCACCACACGGCACCUCAGUCACAGAGCCAACAACUUCCAGAGGCACCCGAAGCGACGGAAACUGAUCAGGCCGUCUCCGCCGCCGCCGCCGAACACGCCGUGCCCCCUGGAACAGCUCGACCUGAGCGAACUUCCACCGAGACGCACUUUCCCCGAGCUUCUCUUCAAUGGCUGCAUUUUGUUUGGGAUCGAGUUCAGCUACGCGAUGGAAACGGCGUACGUCACGCCUGUGCUUCUUCAGAUGGGGUUGCCCGACCAGUUCUACAGUCUUGUGUGGUUCAUCAGUCCAAUUUUAGGAUUCCUUCUGCAACCAAUUCUUGGGGCAUGGAGUGACCGAUGUACGUCUCGCUUUGGCCGCAGGAGACCUUUUAUUUUUGCCCUGGCAAUAGGGGCUCUGCUGGGUCUAACACUGGUGCUGAAUGGACGGGACAUUGGAACGGCUGUGGCGGACACCACCCUGGAUCACAAGUGGGGCAUCGUGCUGACGGUGUGCGGUGUGGUUCUGAUGGACUUCAGUGCCGACUCGGCGGACAACCCCAGUCAUGCGUACAUGAUGGAUGUGUGUAGCCCAGAGGACCAGGACCGAGGCCUAAAUAUUCACGCUCUCCUGGCAGGUCUUGGCGGCGGCUUCGGCUACAUUGUGGGUGGCAUUAACUGGGACAAAACUGAGUUCGGAAGGUCGAUAGGUGGCCAGCUCCGGGUCAUAUACCUGUUCACCAGCAUCACCCUCGCCGCCACCACGGCCAUGACCCUCACCAGUAUCCCAGAGCGACUUUUACCCCAGUCCCAGCCUCAAACCAGAAGCACCCGCAACCUCAAGAGCCCCAAUCUGCCUCUGCCGCCCUCCCCACCUCCUCCUCCCGGAGCCUCUGCGGACCAGGACGACGAGGACGAGGACGAAGCCCUUUAUAACAGCCAGUUCGCCAAUUGCCGCUACCAGGAUCCACUGGGCCGCUCGAGUAGCGCCAACGCACGUCUCUACGCAGGCCUCACCAGCCCCAUUUCCCCUCUGAGUCCUCUGACGCCCAAAUACGGCAGCUUCAUCAGUCGGGAUAACUCGCUCACGGGCAUUAAUGAGUUUGCUUCCUCCUUAGGCACCUCCUACAUAGACAGAGUAUUGAUUGAAUGCUACACCGGACAGCAGACUCCAUUAGAACCCGAGGCGGUGGCUCCGCCUCUUCCUCCCGGGGACACGCCCCCUCCUCCUCAAAGUCAAACGCCUGCUGCAAAGGAAGUUGCACAGCAAAACAAACUCUCGCAGCCUAAUGGAGAGCUGUUGGCAACUGAAGUGCUGCAAGCUAAUGAGCAAAAGCAAGCCACUGAACCUGCUGACCAGCCUAAUGAGGGCCAACAGGCUGCGUCAGGGUCACAGCGAGGCAGUACCUCAGGGAUACUGAAGCGCCCCCAGAGCCUGGCCUUAAUGGAGGACCCGCUGAUUGCUCCGAGCGGUGGUUUGGACAGCGGUCGUAGACGCACUGUCACCUUCAGUCAACAGUUAGCUGUGAAGACAAUUCUCUUCUCUUCUCUCUGUACGCUGCCUUACUCUCUGCUCUGUGAAUACUACCAGAGCCCGCAGUUCUGCGGCUCAUCAGAGGACGGGACCAGGCGUGGUAUGGGGGUGGACAUCUCCCUGCUCAGCUGCCAGUACUUCCUGGCACAGAUCCUGGUUUCGGUGGCGAUGGGCCCUCUGACAUCGCUGGUGGGUGGGGCCCAGGGCGUGAUGUACUUUGCGAGUCUGAUGUCAUUUGUGGGGUGCCUGUACUCCUCACUGUGUGUGGUGUACCAUCUGCCACCACCCGAGGGUGAGCCUCCCCAGAGUGAGACGCAGCCACUGCUGGUGCACAUUUAGACCUGGUCUCUCACACACCGGGUCCAAAAUUAACACUCCAGAAGCAGCAGACCGGUAACUUUUUGCAACAUGAAUUAAACUAUAAUGCAAAACGAUAAAGCUCUUUGAUAUCUGGGAAUCAAAGAAAAGAAAUCCAAACACUUCAAUGAAUAAAAGAUCAAUG